GACUGUUCGAGUGUUCGACUGUUCGAGUGUUCUGCCUGGUAUAGCUGGGUGCUUCAGAUACUGUUUUCAAAAAAGCGAAACAGUUUUGAAACGUACGCGAAACAGAGCAAAACGUUCGCUGUCGAACUUUGGAGGAGCGCCUCGUCUGAAAAGCACACGAUUAUUGGGCGAAGAAACAAUAACAAAAACAAACCCAAAAUACAUUUUGUUGAUUAAUUGAAACAAGAAGCAAAACAAAGUGAAGCAUAAUGCACAGCAAACUCUUGGAUGAGCUUAACGAGAAUGGCUACAUUGUCAUAGAGGACUUUCUGAAGCCGGAGGAGGUAGACACGCUGUACCAGGCCGGGCGAGCACUUUGCCUGGAUGCGCCACAGUCGAAUCGAAAAAUCUUUAGCACCAUCAAGGCGGAGGAUGCGCACAGCAAGGAGCUGUACUUCAUGGAGUCCGGCGACAAGGUACGCUACUUCUUCGAACAGGGCGCCAUUGGGGAUGAGGGUCAGCUGGUUGUGGAUCCGAUGAUCGCCCUUAACAAAGUGGGCCAUGCGCUGCAUGUGGAGCACCCGACCUUCAAUGCGUUGACGUUCAGCAAUCGUGUCAAGGAGAUCUGUUGGCAGCUGAACUAUAAUCGCCCGGCCGUAUGCCAGAGCAUGUACAUCUACAAGAAUUCCGGCAUUGGCGGCGAGGUGACCCCACAUCAAGACUCCUGGUUCCUGCACACAGAGCCCAACUCGGCGGUGGGCUUCUGGUUUGCCCUAGAGGAUUGCACCUUGCAGAACGGCUGUCUGCAGUUCAUCAAGGGCUCGCACAAGAGUGGCGUGCACCGUCGCUACCAACGGAAUCCCGACCCCACUGCAGCCGAGCUGAUGGUCUAUGAUCGCGCAGCGCCCAUCUAUCCGCAAUCCAGCUUUACGCCGCUCCAAGUGAGCAAGGGCACAUGCAUCGUCAUCCAUGGCAAUGUGGUGCACAAGAGCGAGCCCAAUCGCUCUCAGAAGAGUCGCCACGCCUACACCUUUCACGUGAUUGAGACUGAAAACAAUGUGAAGUAUUCCGAGGGCAACUGGCUGCAGGCACCGCAGGAUAAGCCAUUCCCUCUGCUCUUCGAGCGCACGGCCUAAUUGAUUGUAUCAUAGAUUGAUGCUGACUUCGGUAUUUUUGUUUAUAAGAUUGAAAGUGAGGUUUUUCGAAUGACUAUGAUAUCGCCAUAUAUUUUAAGUUGUUGUACAUGUCGAGUUUUAUGAGACUAUAAUAA